UGAUAUUUUUAAUUUUUAUAUUUUUAGUUGAUUCAUUACAAUGAAAUAUUUUUGUGUCGAUAUAUUCAAAUUAAAAUAUUUUUACCCAACCCUAUUUAGUCAUAUCAUGAUUACCGUAAUAAUUUUUUCAACGCUACAGACUCUAUAGCAUUGACAAAAAAAAUUACCAAAAAAAAGACCCAAGGUCAAGAAAAUAGUUUUAUCAUUAUGCUUUAAGCGAUAUCAAUUUGUUCCAACAGUCUUGUUAUGAAUAAAGUUUAUAUUACAUUAACUUACAGUUUUUUGCAAAAAAAUCUGCAAAUUUUAAUUGAUUGUUAAUUUUGUUCUCCAAAAACAUAUUAUUAUAAUUAAAAGUUAAUGAUGUCGUCUUUUGAAAAUACUUAUUGGCCACUAAAUACUAAAGGUUUCAACAACAAGAUACCAGCAGUUGGUUUUGGCACAUACUUGAUAAGUGACAAAACGACAAUCUACAAAGCUCUGGAUACUGCAUUAGCUGCUGGUUAUCGUUUAAUAGAUACUGCUGCUGUAUAUAACAAUGAAAGUUACAUUAAAGAUGCUCUUAAUGUGUUAUUACCAAAGUAUAAAUUGACUAGAAAAGAUUUGUUUAUUACUUCAAAAUUAGAUCCUAAAGAUCAUGGCGAUGAAAAAACAGUUAUUAAUGCUGUUAACAGAUCUUUAAACAAUCUUGGAACUGAUUAUUUAGAUUUAUUUUUAAUACAUUGGCCAGGAACUUUUAAGGUCAGUUCAAAUAGCCCAGAAAAUUUUAAAAUGAGAAAUUCUACUUGGAAAGCUUUAAUGAAAAUACAUAAUAAUGGAAAUGGGCCACUUAAGAAUAUUGGUGUAUCUAACUAUACUACAAAACAUAUAAAAGAAAUCUUAGCUGAUCCAUCUAAUGUUGUACCUGCUGUUAAUCAAGUUGAAUUUCAUCCAUACUAUCAGCAAUCUUCUGAGUUCCAUAAAGUUUGUCGUGAUGCUAAAAUUAUUUUGCAAGCAUAUUGUUCAAUGGGUGGAUCAGCUGGAAAAAAUUCAUUAUUGAAUAAUGAUAUCAUAACUAGUAUAGCUCAAAAACAUUCAAUAAGUACUGCACAAGUUUUAUUAAAAUGGGCACUUCAAAGGAAUUAUGCUAUAAUCCCCAAGUCAGUAACUCCAGAAAGAAUUAAACUAAAUAUUGAAUUAGACAAAGAACUUACUAAAGAAGACAUGGAGAGCAUAAAUAACAUAAAACAUAUUGAAAAAUUUGCUUGGCAACCAGAAAAAGUAUUCUAGACCGAAAUUAUUAAUGCUAAUUGUUAAAAGAAUAUUAACAUUUUAUUAUCAAAUCAAUAUUAUACGAAACUGCAAUAUGUAAAUGUAUGGUAAAAUAUAUAAUUAUUAAUUUUUUUAUUAUUUA